AUGGAACCCAGUCCUACCACCUGUAAUUACGUUUAUGAAAUUAACUGUCCAAUAUCUAUAGUAUCAACUUCAAGCAUUAUUAAAAAGAGUGCUGUGAAUGCUAAAGAAGCUAUCUUAACGCUCGGACGCAACUAUCAGAGGGAGAUCCUUCUUCAAAUCCAAAUUGUUUCGGGACGGAAUGGAGCUCAUCCAGCUGUUGCAUCUUACCCGCUUAAAAGCUGCAUUGUACAUCAAAAACUCAUCGGAGAAGGAAAAGGAAGCAUUGCUAUACCUUCCAAAGAUAUGGUGAUCAUGUUCAAAAACUGUGCUCCAAGGAAACUGAAUGUUUUUCUAAAAUCUCUUCAAGCAAAGUUAGACUUAGCCAAAUCUAAUGAUGUGAUGAAGACGCCUGUGAAUGCAAGGCAAGCUCUCCUGAAUGGAUUACCAAAGGUAUUCAACGUGUUGAGUCCACUAACAGUAGGAGAAAUCAGAAACAUACGAAGAAUACGGGGUAUCGCGACUGGAGAUUCACCCUUAGCACAUGGAGCUAAAGUUUCUGGUACUCCUAAACGUAUUCUGGGGUCUAGAAAUGUACAAACUACUACCCCAACAAGAGCGAAAAGACCCGCCGUACAAGAAGAGGCGACAUUCGAGAGACUCACAUUAACAGAAGAGCAAAAGAGUGUUGUUAGAGCUGUUGUGAGAGAUAAGAUGAAUGUCUUUUUCACAGGCAGUGCUGGAACUGGGAAAUCUUUAAUUCUUCGUAGGAUCAUUGAACUUCUCCCAGCUUCUUCUACUUUUGUAACGGCAGCGACAGGAGUUGCUGCUUGUCAGUUAGGAGGUAUCACUCUUCACAGCUUUGCUGGUAUAGGUGUCGGAGCUGCAGCCCCCGAAAACAGUUUGAAGAUGGCCUUAGCUAAUCCUGCUACAACUAAGCAAUGGAAAAACUGUACUCAUCUGAUCAUUGAUGAAAUAUCGAUGAUAGACGCAACCUACUUCAAAACCUUAGAAUACGUGGCAAGAAACAUAAAAGGCAUAAGUCGCCCAUUCGGUGGCAUACAGUUAAUCAUAACGGGUGAUUUCCUGCAACUUCCACCCGUAACGUCUGGCAACCAAGAGCCUUCAUUCUGUUUUGAGACAGAGAUAUGGAGAAAAUCCAUUCACAAAACCAUUAUGUUGAUGAGUGUCAAGCGACAAGAUGAUGAGAAGUUUGUAAAUCUACUUCAACAAAUCCGAAUUGGACGAUGUGAUCCUCUAAUGACGAAAGUUCUCAAAAAUACAAGAGAUGUAGAUUUCGAAUCGCGAGGGAUUGUACCCACGAAACUUUGCACCCACACAGCCGAUGCUGACAUCAUCAACUUAAAGAGCUUAAGUGAUCUCAAAACUCUUGAAAAAGAAUUCAAAGCGGAGGAAAACUUUAGGAUCCCUGACAAGCUUAAAGUUAUAGUUCCAAAACUUCUCAAACUGAAAGUAGAAGCCCAAGUCAUGCUUACUAAAAAUCUCGAUCUGGCCAGGGGGCUAUCCAAUGGUUCUAGAGGAGUGGUAACUAAGUUUUCCAAGAAUGGCCUCCCUGUAAUCAAAUUCUACUCCACAAAAGAAGAAAUUGAGAUAAGACCAAUGACUUUCUCCGUCCGGAUACCGGGUGUUGAAGAGAACGUUUGGAGAAAACAGUUGCCUCUUCAACUUGCAUGGGCUAUAUCUAUUCACAAGUCUCAGGGCUUGACAUUAGAUGCCGUAGAGAUGUCUUUAUCAAGGGCUUUUGCCGAAGGCCAAGCAUACGUGGCACUUUCAAGAGCUAGGAGUUUAGAUUCGGUUAAGAUAAUUGGCUUUGAUCCUUGUGUAAUUAAAGCUAAUAAGAAAGUUGUAAAAUAUUACGAUUCAAUCGUGGAAAAUGUGAAUGACGAUGACGAUGACUUCCUCAUAAGGAAGCGGAGCAGACUAAGCUUGUAA